AGGGAGCAGAGACGAACAAAAGUCCCUUAAUGCUAUUCUCCUCCACUUCUACUUCUUCAUUGCUUUCUUUUGCACUACGAAACUGUGUGUGUGUCGCUCUCUCCUAGAAACUUUUACAAUUUUUUCUUUUUUUUAAAUUUCUCUGUGUUUGAAUUUAAAGCCUUCUCAAACUCGGUCACUAUUCGCUUCGCUGAGCUUCGGCUUAAAUUUUGAGCUGCAAAAUCGUGUAUUUGAGUUCGUUUCGGUGGCUUUCGAUUUCGUCUUGGAUCUGAAAGUGCCUGAAUUUGAGGAACUUGGGUGAUUAUUUGGAAGUAAUCAGUGGAUUGAACUCUUGAAGGAAAAAAAGAGAAGAUAAAUUUGAAAUUUUGAUUGAGUUUUCGAAUUUUUAAUUUGAUGGGAGAAGGUGAAGGAAGCGACUUACAUCCUAAGAAGGCUCAAUCUGAAGGUACAGCGGCCUCCGCGUCGACGGAGGCUCCAGCGGCGAAGAAGCUGGCGAGGCAGCUGGAUUUCACGGCCUUCGGUGCUGCUGGGGGCUCGGGGAGUGUGGUCUUGCCGGAGCACCCGCAGCCGCUAUUGCAGUCGCAGCCUCAGCCUCAGCCUCAGCCUCAGAUGGUGGCGGCGGCCGUGAUAGUGCCCCCCCAGACGCAGCCGCAGCCGCAGCCACAGGUGAUGGUGAUGCCGGUGGUGGCGCCCCCUCCGCCGCCGCAUCAUACGGCUCAUCCGCCAUUGAGGGUUGUAAAACCAGAUUCCCCAAAAUCAAGACCAAGACCAAAUUCUGAUGUGAAGGAUGGUACUCCAAAGAAGCAAAAACAGUGCAACUGUAAACACUCUCGAUGCUUGAAGUUAUAUUGCGAGUGUUUUGCGUCUGGAAUAUACUGUGAUGGGUGCAACUGUGUAAAUUGUUAUAACAAUGUUGAGAAUGAAGCUGCUAGGCGAGAAGCUGUAGAAGCAACUUUAGAGCGUAAUCCAAAUGCGUUCAGGCCAAAAAUUGCAAGCAGCCCACAUGGAGUGAGGGAUAAUAGGGAGGAGGCUGGGGAAGUUGUAAUAUUGGGAAAGCACAACAAGGGAUGCCAUUGCAAAAAAUCUGGGUGUCUCAAGAAGUAUUGUGAGUGCUUCCAAGCCAACAUUCUCUGCUCUGAAAAUUGUAAGUGCAUAGACUGCAAGAAUUUUGAGGGUAGUGAAGAGAGACAGGCUCUAUUCCAUGGAGAUCAAGGCAACAAUAUGGCAUAUAUGCAGCAGUUAGCAAAUGCUGCCAUAACUGGAGCUAUUGGGUCCUCUGGCUAUGCAUCCCCUCCAAUAUCAAAGAAGAGAAAAGGUCAGGACCUCUUCUUUGCUUCAGCAGCUAAGGAUCCAUCCUUGCAACGGCUCAGACAUCUUCAACAGGCAAACCAACUCAGACCUUCUGCGCCAUCUCCUUCCCCGUCUUCAGUCCCAGGUGCUGGUGUUGGUGGAGCUGCAGCAUUAGGCCCUUCCAAAUUUACGUACAGGUCUCUCUUAGCGGACAUUAUCCAACCACAGGACGUGAAGGAGCUUUGCUCAGUUUUGGUGGUACUGUCAGGAGAAGCUGCCAGAACAAUUGCAGAACAAAGAAGUGUGACAGAACAGCGGGCAGAAGAUCAGACAGAAACUUCCCUUGCUUCAUCAACACAAGAAAGAUUUCAAAGCCAGAAGGAACCUGAUGCUGAGAAAGCUGUGGCUGAUGAUUGCUCAAGUGCUACCCAGGCGGGUAAAAUCUGUGCUGAAGAUUCCAGUUCAGAUGGUGCCAAUGCGCCAAAAGGAAGGCCAAUGUCUCCUGUAACUUUAGCAUUGAUGUGUGAUGAACAAGAUGCAAUGUUCAUGGCAUCUGCUUCUCCAGAUGGGUUGAUAGGUCAGGGCAACACGUCUUCACCCUUGCCUUAUGGGCACGGUAUGGCAGAGGUCUAUGCAGAGCAGGAAAGGAUUGUUCUGACAAAGCUUCGAGAUUGCCUUAAUAGGCUCAUUACUUUUGGAGAAAUAAAAGAGACAAACUGUUCAUCAUUAGCCAGAAGUGAAUUGGGAGGUCAAAAAGAAGUACUGAGCAAUGGUGCUGCCAAUGCCGGGACUGAAGCAGUGGAUCAACAGGGUCCAGUUGGCAAUGGUAUUGCAAAACCUUUUUUUCCAGAGACAGCCAUGACAUCUCAUAUGGCUUCAGCCAUUGCGACCCCUAGUAAUGAAUUCCUUCCAAAAGUUCCAUUCCUCCCCGAAAAUGGCGAAAGAAAACAGAAGACUGAAAAAGAGGUGUAAAAAGAUUUUAGUACAGAAAUUUGUCCUCAAGGCAUUUCCCUGCAUUUCCAUAAGACUACACCAUUGUUGGGUUUCUUCAAUGCAGUAGUCAAGAUGGAAUUGGGUCUCAUUAUUAGAGCUGACGGGGAUCUAAUUCAAUGUUUCUUUUUCUUUUUCUAUUCUUUUCUUCUACGCCAUUAAUAUAUUUCUAAGUUAGUUUCCAGCUUCAGCCUUAGUUUGACUUUGAACACAAAGUGGUGUAAAAUGUCGAGCCUUUGUAAUUGAAGAUGUGAUUCAGAUGAUUAAUGCCAAUGGCAAUAUAGCUUGUAGCCU